UCUUGUGGAUCUGGUGGAAACAUGAGUCCAGAGGAAGAGUGGGGGACUCUGGAGGUUGGUCCCACGGUUGACCCACCAGCUGUCCUUUACCAAGAUGCCGGUGGCGCCGCUUUAGGAUGGAGACUGGAGCAGCUAUCGCGAGAACUGGUCCGGGCCGGCGGGCGUCGCGCCAGUCAGUGGCGGUUGGUCUGAGCCGUCGGCGGGUUCGGUUCCCGGCGAUGCCGCUGGAAGCGCGGUGCGGACAGCCGGCGGGAGGGUUGGCUCGUCGCCGCCGCCGCCGGCAUCACUGGCGCUCACGGGCGGCCAGGGUGCUGGCUGAGAGGAACCAGGCCGUGGUGCCGGUGGGAGCCUGGGUGGAGAGCGCCAGAGACGGGCCCGGCGAGCAGAGCCCGGCGUUUAUUUCUGCUCUUGAAAUGGAUGAGCAACUAAAGGAAAUCCAUAAAGCAAAAGUGGAGAAUUUGAAACGUUUUCAAGAUGAGGUGAAGCAUCGUGUGACUGAGUAUGCCCGAAUAUGUAAGAAGCAUCAACACCAACGAACUUGUGAAGCAGUUGAAAAGGAUGAUCGUGUGAUAAAACAAUCCUCUGCUUCAGCUGAACAGGCUCAUUCCAAAUAAAGACACUUGCCUGCGUCGCGGUAAUGAUGUUGGGUUUGCUAUUUUUAGCCCAAGCUCAAGGUGGGUGUCUGCUCAGGGGCUAAGUAAUGAAAAGGAGGAAGAUGAAGAUGAAGAUGUAUUCAGUGAUCAAGCCAGGCAGCUGAGCAAAGUCACAAAAGAGGCUCGGCAUAGACUUGCAUCAUGUCAAACAGUACCACAGAUGGACUUGUGCUCAAGUCUUCCAGGAGGAAUCUGGAAGGUGUCUCCAACAAGAGAUAAUCCAGCAUCCCGAAUGGGGAGGGAGUUAAGUGUUACAGAAGAUUUCACAUGUUUGAAAGACCAGCAUGAUCUGCCUGCAGAGUUGCAGGAACAGCCACAGAAAUCCACCGGUGGGAAGCAUGUUACCUUUCAGCCUGAGCUACAGCGUAAGCCUUGUAGCAGACUUUAUCGUGAGCCUUACCCCACGGGUUCUUCCCUUGGAUUUAGUACUGACUACAAGGCAACGCUCAUUCUGCGGCCUGGUGUGGACCAGGAAGAGAGUAAGAAACAGCGUGGCAGCCAGUAUUUGAUGUAUCGUCGCCUCUUCAUGGAUAUUGAACGAGAGCAGGUGAAAGAACAACAGCGCCAACAACAACAUUUGAGGAGAAUAGCGAAAAUUAAGGAGGAAAAGGAAAAAUUAAGAGAGGCACAAGAGAAAAGAAUGAUUGACCUCGCGCAUCAAAGAGAAUUUGUGGCUGAAAGUGGAAGGACUGCUCAGUUACAGGAAGAGGAAAAACAGAAGAGAGCAGAUAAAGACAAAAGGCAACGAAAUAGAGAGAGUACAAGAUAUAUAGAAGCCUUAAGAGCACAGAUGAUGGAAAAAAUUAAAUUGCAGAAUACCGAUCUACCUCCACUCUGCUGCUGUGGAUCUGAUUUCUGGGAUUCGCAUCCAGAUAAGUGUGCAAAUAAUUGUGUCUUCUACAAAAAUCCAAAAGUAUACGUCAGGGCACUGCAAUCUGUGUUAUCCUCGUAUGAUGCUUGGGAUGGACAUUACAGAAGUCGUUCCUCAAUGAAGAAAUUUGCAUUAAUGAAUUUAUGUCCAGCCAAGAAGUAAUGCACCUGCUUUGAAAGCUGAAUUCAGUUCACCAAUAAAUUUUCACUGAAAAACUCAGAUCUGUAAAGUGUGAUUAGAAAACGUGUUCUUUUUUUUAUUAAUGGCUGUGGUGUUUGAUAAUUUAAUGUGCUUUUUUGUAUGAAAAAACAAUUUUUAAAAGAUAUUUAAUCACUUUUCUGAAUUUUCCAAUGGAGCUUAAAGUUUGAUAAAAUUGAAAAUUAUCUCCACAGGAGAUCAUUUUAAAGAAAAAAGUGUCUAAACCUAGAAUUAUAAUAAAGGACUACUACAAAACAUAAGUGUUUAAUUAUUUGAUGUUUUACAGUUUUAUGUUACUUCAAUCCUCUACCCCUUACCUCCAACUCUCACUGUAAGUGGAGCUCCUGAUGGAGAGAUGUCUUGGUGAGAAUAAUUAACCAUGAUGUGUAGCACUGAAUAAAUUUCAUGUAUGCACACUAUCUUGGAGUAUUUUGCCAAGUGGAUGAUUUGCACGAGAGAGGGAGAAUAUCUGCUUUUAAGAUUUACUGCAGAUAACUACUUCCUGCAAUUUGCCCUUCUACAAGGUCCAAGCACACAUUUAGUCGUAUAACACCAUAACUUGUGAAAACAAUACUGUGCUGUUAUCAGCAACAGGGUAGCUAAUAAUAAAGCAUUCAAGAGAUUGUUAGAUCGGUACAUGCAGCUGAGUAAAAUAGAGGGCUAUGGGUAAGCCUAGUGACUUCUAGGGUAGGGACAUGUUCGGCACAGCUUUGUGGGCCGAAGGGCCUGAAUUGUGCUGUAAUUGUUCUAUGUUCAUUCAAAUUAAUGAUAGG